AUGGUGUCGACAGUCCGUCUCACCAUCCCAGCUGGCGGAGGAAUACCUGGACCACCGGUGGUAGUAGGUCAGUACAAAGUCAACGCUUGCACCCAAAAAUACAAAUCGGAAGACCUGAUCGCUGGAAGAGUUGUUGAUGGAAGAAGCCCAAGUAGGUCUCCUUUAAGGCAAAAUAGAAAACUGGAUGAGAUGUAUGACCAAUUGAGAAGUGAGUAUGAUUCGGUCAAACGGUCAGCCAUUCAACCUGCAAACAACUUCUUCUCAAGGGGUGGUGAUUCUGAUCUGUUUUCUAGUCCUACUAACAUGAUGGAUAACAGAGAUCAAAUAUUCUCUUUGAGAGGUCAAAUGUCAGUCAAGGCUGGUCAACAGUGUAUUGAAGGUGUGAAGAUGUCCAAGCAUGAUGGGUGGGGUGUAAUGGCUAGUCACCGAAGUGGUGAAACAGAGGACACCUUCAUUGCUGAUCUUUCUGUCUGUUUGGCUACAUUUGGUUCAUUGAACCCUUUUUUUUUCAGGGGCGACCAGAUUCAUUUGAUUAGGGCAGGAAAACACCAGGUGGCUUUUCUUGUAAAAAGACCAAUUUAUUUAGUUUGCAUAAGUUGUACAGAAGAGCCUUAUGAGUCAUUACGUAGUCAACUGGAACUUCUUUAUGGCCAGAUGGUGCUUAUACUCACAGAGUCUGUAAGUAGAUAUUUUGAGAAGAAUCGAAAGUUUGAUAUUACGCCUUUACUUGGAGGAACAGAUGCUGUUUUCUCUUCCCUCUUCCACUCUUUUAGGAACCCUGCCUCUUUUCUUCAUGCAUACACCUAUCUUCCCCUUCCUCGUGCAACAAGGCAAACUGUUGUUGCUAUCUUGCAAGAUGUUUCUGAUUCAGGCGUCAUCUAUUCAAUGCUCAUGAGACAUUUGAGUCAUUCUCCCCCAUAUGUUUACCAAGAUACAAUGCCCUUUCUACAUGCUUAUGUUCAUUAUUUUGAUGAUGAUACACACCUGGUGUUGCUAACAUCUAAUUCUGAUGCCUUCUUUCAUCUAAAAUAUUGUCGGAUGGUAAAGCUUAUGAGGCAGUGCAAGAAUGUGAAGAACUAA